AUGGAAUCUUUCUAUACAUUAUCAUCUGAGGGUGACACUUCAGUAAGAAACAUUUUCAGUAGUUUUAGAAACGAGGAGCUAGCUAACACGGGAAAGGACAGGACCACGUUGACGACCCCAUCACCGAUAACACACGACACUUCACGGGCCAGCUACCACAUCAGUGAUAUCAGCUCAUUUGCCGAGAACCUUCAAGAUGCUGCCAAUCGGGCAUUUCCAAAUCGCGGCCGGUCCCGAUAUAAGACAGUCAACGUGUGCCUGAUCAGAUGGCAAGAGGACGAGCUUGAAGUAAAGUCAGAGCUUGAGAGACUCUACCACGUCUUUGAUAAGCUUUACGGCUUCAAUACCCAGAUAUGGCUCAUCCCGCCCAGAGCAUCCCAGAUCCAGCUCACGAGCAUGACUUGCUCUUUUCUCCAGGAAUUCGACGACGAAGACAAUCUGUUCAUCGUCUACUAUGGCGGCCAUGGCACGAUCAAUCAAUCUAGACAGAGCCAAUGGUGGUGCAGUCGUAGUCCUGGGUCCCCAUUCGUCGACUGGUCAGCUAUUCAAGCCUUGUUUUCGACUGCUCUCUCGGAUGUUCUAGUCCUUCUUGAUUGCUGCGCGGCAGCUAGUUCAGCGCAAAGCUCUGGAAAAAAUGUCAUGGAAGCUAUUGCCGCAUGUGGAUUUGAGACCAGAGCACCGCCUCCGGGGAUUUACUCAUUCACUAAUACACUCAUCGAGGUUCUUGAAGACUGGGUCAAUAAACUUUCAUUCUCGGCUGCCAUGCUGCACACUGAGAUUUUAUUCGUAUUGAAGCAAAAGCGACCCGAGCGAGGAAGGGACGGAAGAAGACUUGAGUGGUGUUCGACACCAAUCCAUUUGGUGUACACCAGUAAUCCAAAGUCACCAGGGGUUGAACUGUGUUGUUUGAAGAGCGCGAAGUCGGCGCAGAAAGCAAAAGCUGGUCCUGUGUCUCAAACGCCAAACCGAUCCACCUCAUACGUUGACAGCAUGGAUCUCGAUGACGAUGGUUUAUCAGAAGCCCUAUCCGCUUGCCAAGAUAGUGGAAAAUAUCAGAUUCCUCAUGUCCUCAUCUCAAUUGCACUCGAGGAAGAACAAGCGGAUCUGGAUGCCUCAUCUUGUCGUCGGUGGCUUUCGAACUUUCCAGCACUGGUGAAAUAUGCUACGGUUGAAGGAGUAUAUCGAGGAAACUCAACUUUAAUCACAAUGUCGUUGCCGGUAAUGAUAUGGGACUGUUUGCCAAAUAAUCCGGCCUGCUCCUUCAUUGGCUUUGUAAACACGCCAAACCGAUACAGCCAGUCAUUUUGUCGAUCAGAUAUUAUGGUGGUACCAGAACAGGAACCAACCAUAUCGAGUAGAAGAAUCCCGGCAAGAUCCAAGCUUGUAGAGAAUUCUAAAUUGGGUUGGGAUAGUUCUUACGGAUCCGAUUCUCCUCCCUCUGCCGGUCCCGUUGUUCCGGGCAGUAAUUUCUCACCAAAGAACUUCGGGUCCAAACGGCCGACCCGUAAAAACAUAAAGGCAACAAACUUUGCUCUCGGUGGAUCGACUGGCAGCGAAAGUGACUUAGGUGAACUUUCCGCCAGCAAGAAGCAUGUCCCCUUCAAGCAAGCGAUAAGGGCGAAUGCUUUCCGAGAAGAUAUAAUAGCUGAUGAGGAACUUUUCGAAGACGGCUCUGAAAGUUAUGAGGAUAUCAUAGACGGCGAGGAGUCUUCAGAUUGGGAAGAUCCUAUCGACGAGAGCAAAGACUUGAAUACCAACGACAAAAGUUUCUUCCGGCGAUUGGACUCAGGAGCUAAUCGUAGUUCCCCAAAGUCCUUGAUAUCGACCAUGCUACACCGAGAUGGCCGCGCGAGAGCAUUCACAAAUCCGGACCCAGCUGACGUCGCUGAGAAAGUUCCUUCAGGGUCCCAACCAAUCAAUAUGAACAACAAAAAAUCACGGGGCCACCAGACAGCAUACUCACCUCGCAAAUCAAGACGCAAUAUGAUCGCUACCGAGCUAACUCCUAGCCUCCGCCUACAUCUUCUUUGGGAGCAUAAACAAAAUUCCCGAACUGAAAAGGGGAUGCUUAAGCGUAGGCAUUCUGAUGUUGGUACCCUGAAACAGCAUCCCGAGAAAUUUUAUAUAAGUGACGAAGCUAUUGGAGAUGGCGGGUACAGUUUCUUGGAUGAGGGGUCCGGCGAAUACCAUUCUAAGGGGUGGUAG